UUAAUUUAAACCCGCAAAAAGUAAAGUGAAAAAAAUCAUUGUGUUUGCAAAAAAAAAAAUCAGCAGAAAAAAAUCUUAAAUAAUAAGUAUCUUAAAGAUACUCUUAAGUGAUUUAAUUACAAUAACAAAACCACAUAAAAAUGGCUAAAAUUACAAAUCAAACGACCAAAUCAAGUUACUCUAAUAACUCAAAAUCAUCAUCAACAACAACGACAGCAGCAGCAUCUUCAUCAUCAUCAUUAUCCCCCUCCUCUUCACUAACAACUAUAGCUUUAAAAGUUUUUAUAAUAUCCUUAAUAUGCCUCAGCCAAUCAGGAUUUGUGGAAGGACGUAAACAUUCUCCUUUAUUUGUAGAGGAGGCCGAGGGUAAUCGUCGCAAUAAUAGACCAGCUGUUUCCGAAUGUCAAUUUGGCAAAACUUUGCGUGAAUUGGGCUCGACCUGGUAUGCCGAUUUGGGACCACCAUUUGGUGUUAUGUAUUGCAUUAAAUGUGAAUGUGUGGCGGUUCCUAAAAAACGACGCAUUGUGGCUCGUGUUCAAUGUCGCAAUAUUAAAAAUGAAUGCCCGCCCGCCUUGUGCGAUGAUCCCAUACUGUUGCCCGGUAAAUGCUGUAAAACUUGUCCCGGCGAUAAAAAUAAUGAAACCGAUGUCGCUUUAGAUACACCGGCACCAAUUGAAGAAGAAGAGCGCAAUAUGAAACAUUUCGCUGCUCUCCUUACUGGUCGCACUUCUCAUUUUUUGAAAGGCGAAGAAAUGAAAGCCAUGUAUACCACUCAUAAUCCUCAUAAUAUAGUGGCCACUGGUCGCUUUAUGUUCCAUAAAAAGAAUCUCUAUUAUUCCUUCUAUACAUCGGCUAAAGUUAAUCGUCCUCGUGCCAUACAAUUUGUCGAUGAUGCUGGCACUAUUUUGGAAGAACAUCAAUUACAAUUGCCUGCUGGUCCUCAGUCGAUCUAUCAAAAUGUUACCGGUAAAAUCUGUGGUGUUUGGCGUCGUGUGCCUCGUGAUUAUAAACGUCUUUUGCGUGAUGAACGUUUACAUGUUGUUUUACUUUGGGGUGGCAAUAAAUUCCAAACUGAAUUGGCUUUAGCUGGCAAAAUUGGCAAAUAUACUGCUUUACAAUCUGAAUUGUUUAGUGCUCUUAUGGAACCUGCUCCCGGCUCUAAGUCUGAAUUGAUGUCUGGUUCUGGUGGCACUGCCAUAGUCUCGACCAGCAGUGGUGCUGCCUCUUCUAUGCAUUUGACUUUGGUUUUCAAUGGUGUUUUCACACCGGAAGAAUAUAUGGAUGCUCCUGUCAGCAUACGCAUUGAAUCACCCGAUCGUCGUGAGAUUGUUUUGGAUGAGGUACAAAAGGUACGCAAACCCUCCUCGGAAGUUAAUGUUUUGGAAAUCUCUUCUCCCAUUUCUAUACAAAAUUUGCGCCUCAUGUCUCGUGGCAAAUUGCUAUUGACCAUUGAAUCGAAAAAGAAUCCCAAUUUACGCAUACAAGGUCAUAUUGUUACCCGCACUACAUGUGAAAUUUUCCAAACUUUAUUGGCUCCUCAUAAUGUGGAAUCGAAAGCUAAAAGCAGUGGCUUAGCUUGGGUUUUCCUUAAUACCGAUGGUUCUUUAGCCUAUAACAUUGAAACCGAUCAGGUUAAUGCUCGUGAUCAUCCUGAGAUCAGUUUGAUUGAGGAUUUGGGUAAGAGGAAGACCAUGUUGGAAGACUUGACCCCCAGUUUCAAUUUCAAUCAAGCUAUUGGUACGGUAGACAAAUUGGGUCCUAAAGUUGUGGAAUCUUUGUACUCUGGAGACUUAGGUGUUAAUAUUGCUAUUGAACAUGAAACUAGCUUGAUCAGAGGUCGUUUAGUAUCACGUCCAGUGGCUGAUGCCCGUGACUCUGCAGAACCUAUUUUAUUGAAAAGAUCUGAUAACUCAGUAUCCGCCCCCAAUCAUGCUAUGGGCAUGGCUUGGCUAUCCAUUGACAAUGAGUGUAAUCUACAUUAUGAAAUCACUUUAAGCGGUUUUCAAUCUCAUGUCCAAGACUUACAAAUCUAUUUGGAAGAGAAACCUAUUGAGGCUAUAGGCGCACCAGUAACACGUAAAUUAUUGGAAGAAUUUAAUGGUUCAUAUAUGGAGGGUUUUGUCUUGGGUAUGCCCUCUAAUGAAUUGGUAAAGUUGGAAUCGAGUGUUUGCUAUUUGGAAAUACAUUCGAAAGAUAAAAAGGAAUUGUUGUUGAGAGGUAAAUUAAAAUCGACGAAAGUUCCCGCCCAUUGUUUCCCCAUUUACACCGACAACAAUGUACCCAAUGUAUUUCUACCCGGCGAUCGUAAUGAUGAUGUUUUAAUUACACCCGACACUAAAUGUUUCCAUUCGGGAAGAUUCUAUGAUGAAACCGAACAAUGGCGCAGUACUGAGGAUACCUGUCAAAUGUGUGCCUGCCAGAGAGGUCAUGCCACCUGUGAACCCAUCAAAUGCCCUGUUAUACAUUGCAAAGUCAAUGAGGAAUUGGUGCAAUUAGAGGGUGAAUGUUGUGCCAUGUGUGUGCCACAGAAUUUGAAUACCAACAAGGAAGUGGAACAUAGCAAACGAGGCUGCCGUUUAGGUGAUCAAUUCCAUUUGGCAGGUGCCACUUGGCAUCCUUUCUUGCCACCCAAUGGCUUUGAUACUUGCACCACUUGUACUUGUGAUGCUUUAACUUUAGAAAUCAGAUGUCCACGCAUGGUAUGUCCACCGUUACAGUGCAAGGAAAAGGAUGCCUAUAGACCAGACAAAAAAGCCUGCUGUAAAGUAUGUCCCGAAGGCAAAAUCUCCUCACGCUCGGGUGGCAAUAAUAAUCCCAAUGUUUUACAAGAUCAAGCCUCCUCUAAGCCCAAUGUUCGCUCCACCGAAGAGAUUUUACAACAAGGAGGCUGUAAGGUGGUUAAUAAAAUCUAUGAAAAUGGACAAGAAUGGCAUCCCGUUUUGGCUUCUCAUGGUGAACAGAAAUGCAUUAAAUGUAGAUGCAAGGACUCCAAAGUCAAUUGUGAUCGCAAACGUUGCUCACGCUCCACCUGUCAACAGACUAGAGUAAGCUCGAAAAGAAAACUCUUUGAGAAACCAGGCAGUGAGCCAGCCAUUGAUGAAUGCUGUUCCUCACAAUGCAAAAGACCCCGUAGACAUCACCGAAGAACCCAACAGGCUGCAGAACAACAUCAGCAGCAACAACAACCAAAGAAAGCAGUCAGCAGCUGAAUUGCUUAAGCGUAUAAAACCACAAAAAAAGUUAAGAGAUUUUAAAUGAAAUCCAUAACUUUUUGGAGAGAAAGUUUUAAUCAAAAUACGUUUUUAAGCUUAAAGGAAAAAAAUUGAAAAUUUAUAUUAAAAAAAAAUCGAAUUUUUUCUACAACAACAAUAACAACAGCAGCAAACUACUUCUUUGUUAAAAAAAAAAUAAAAAUAAAACUUUUAAAUACACAGAGAGAAAUUCUCUUAUGUAAACAGCAGCAGCAACAGCAGCCUAGAAGAGCUAGAGAUUUAGUUUUAAAAAGCCGCAUAAUUUAUGAAAAAAUUAUAUUUUUUGUUUAUUUUUAGAGAGUUAACUACACUUAACUUAUACUUUUAGAAAAGCAUAUAGAAAAAAACGAUAUAUCUCUAGGUAUUAAAAUACACUUAAAAAAAUAUUUUAAAUUGAGAAAAAUAAAUACCUAUACCAGUGCAGUAGUUUAAAAAGAA